CAUCUUUUGCGCAGCUCAAACUCCCGCAGCAAAGCGUGUGCCAGAUCGCCCACAAGCUUCACGUCGUUCGGUACCAGAUACCAGCACGAUGAGAACCCACGGCGCCGCUGCACGUGGCGUCCCACGUCGUCCGCGAACACGAGGCGCACCCGGACAUCCAUGAUAAUUGAUGGAGUAGCUGCUCAAUAAUCUUCACACCUUAUCAUUGGUCAUAAUUCAUUUCUGCCAAUGAAACCACCUAAUGCGAUGAGAAUCAGAUUAUUAGCGGUCUUGAUCAUGGAGCGCAUCAACCGCUUGCACGCGCACAUUAGCGCGGCUUCAACGUCUUCGUCUUCGUCCACCGACGUAUUUGUGUCGCCUAGAGAUGCUUCAUGCCCUCAGAAUGUCUAUGACGCAGUGCUGUCACCUGCUGCGCUCGAGUUUGUGGCGGAGCUGGCUGCUACAUUCCAACAUGAAGUCGAGCAGCUGCACGCGAGACGUCAAGCUCGACGUUUAGCGACAGAGCAGAAUGGAGCGAUGCCUCAUUUUCUAGAAGAGACACGAGCGAUAAGAGAAGAUGAAACAUGGCGGGUCGAUCCUCAGCCAAACGCGCUGAUGGACCGACGCGUCGAUAUCGGAGACGUGUCACCUGCGAACCGAAAAUUUCUACUGCGUGCAUUGAACUCUGGCGCGCAGGGUGUGCAAGUGGAUUUCGAUGACGGGCAUUGUCCGACAUGGAGCAACACGCUUCAGGGCCACUUUAAUGUUCUACAAGCUGCUCGAGGCUUGCUGGAAGUGUCAGGACAGACGACUGUUGCCAACCCGGCGCUUCUGGUUAUCCGUCCAAGAGCGUGGAAUAUGGAUGAACCGCACAUGGUAGUGAAUGGGCGUGUUGUGCCUGGUGCGCUUUUUGAUUUCGGGAUGCACCUGUUCCACAAUGGCAAACAUCUUUUGAACAAUGGAACGGGGCCGUUCUUGUAUCUCCCCAAGUUGGAAGGAUACAAGGAAGCUGCGCUAUGGCGAAGAAUCUUUGAGUACACGGAGAAGAAACUUGAGUUUGCCCGCGGACGCAUCAAGGCGACGGUGCUGAUCGAGAAUAUUUUUGCUGCAUUCGAGAUGGAUGAAAUUCUGUUUGAACUUCGUCACUACUCCUCUGGUCUAAACUGCGGCAUGUGGGACUACACGGCGUCCAUUGUUGUCAAUUUCCGCCAUCGUCCUGCGUUUUUGUUGCCAGACCGUCAGCAGUUCGUCUCGAUGAAGUCUGACUUUCUCAGAUACUAUAUGGAUCUGCUGAUAGCCACAUGCAAGCGACGUCAUGCACCGGCAACUACCGGCAUGGUGCCUUUUGUUCUUGCGGAGUUGCCGCCGGGAUUCUCACAAGCUGAAGCGAUUGAGAAAACUCGAACAGGAAAAACGAUGGAAGCUUUGGCUGGAUCUGACGGAGCGCUGGUGUAUGACUUGGCACUUGUAAAACCCGGGGCGGAAGUAUUUACGUCAGCGCGUGAACGCACGACCAAAGCUGGAUUUUCAUAUGUUGCAGUUGACGAAAGACUGUUCACCGAAAAGCUGCUUACUCUUCCAAAGGGAGACGUCACGCUACAAUCCGUGGAGAUGAACGUACAUGUGGCACUUCUGUACGUGCUUCACUGGUUGUACGGACAAGGCACUGUCGUCGUGAAUGGAUGUGUAGAAGAUUCGGCCACGGCUGAAAUCUCACGUGCGCAACUAUGGCAAUGGGUGCAUCAUCGCGUUACAAUCACUGGAACUCCACAGCAAAUCAACGCCUCGCUCAUUGGUAAGAUUCUGCGUAAACUUUGCCACGAGGAAAAUCGCGACCAACGUCAUCCACCUCAGUACAUGGAGGUAGCUCAACACCUCGUACUCCUGUUAUCAACGAUGCGAUCCCCUCCUGCGUUCAUUACGACGUUCCUCCAAGAGCAGGAGGCACUCACGAAAGCACUCAACACCACCAAGUAGUACAUGCAUUGACAGGGCGAUACAGAAUCCAGCAGCGGUAGUGAAGUACAAAUUGGAACUGUAUUGACAUGAUUGAUAUCGGCACGCAGAAGACUCAUGCAAAGCUCUCCAUGGCUGCAGGUGCAUUGUCAACCACUUCAUAGCCAUGGCCUUUGAGUGGAAUCACAUCUGAUGCAUUUGUGUUUUCAUCCUUGGUGUUUUUUACAAAGCUCUUGACAACCAAUUCGCGAUCCAGAAUUUGAUUCAGCUCGCCAUCUGUAAUGCCCCCACUCUCGACGCCCUUACGAAUCUCCACGUCGUCUCUCAGGAGUUCCUCCAACUCCGAAUUUGUGAGCUUGGCGCUCUCUGCUGGGGUCGUUCGCUGCUUGAAUCCACCACGCUGGAUGACAACGCGCUCGAGUUUGCGCUUCUCGAAUGCUCGCUGAGUCAUGCGGUCUUCGAAAGAGUUCUCAGUCACAAGACGAUACACGAUGAUCUCGUUCUUUUGACCGAUUCUGUGGCAACGAUCCAUAGCCUGGUUGUCCUGCUGAGGGUUCCAGUCCGAGUCGUAGAAAAUGACUGUGUCAGCUGCGAUCAGAUUAAUACCGAGACCGCCAGCACGCGUAGAGAGCAUGAACACGAAGAUGUUAUCGUCGUGGUUAGUAGAACCCGAUCCAGCCGAUACCUUGUUGAACUUCUCCAUCUGAUCAACACGGUCCAUCAGUUUGGUGCUGCCGUCAAGUCUGCAGUAGCUGUACUCGCGCAUGCGGAGGUAGUCCUCCAGAAUGUCCAUCAUCCGUGUCAUCUGACUGAAAAUAAGGACUUUAUGGCCCUUGCGCUUGAGCUGCCUUAGCAUCCGAUCCAGAAUACUCAACUUUCCAGACGUUUCCACGAUCAUCUCAUCCGUAAUAACC